GUAAAGUUCUUAAUAAUAAACUUAAACAGUUUGUAAAAAAAUUAAAAACUAAACAAGAAUUAAUUGAAAAAAUAUUAAAACAUGACUCUGAUUAUGCAAUAAUAAAUCUUAGUAAUAUAGAAAGACUUGCUGAUAUUGUAUACAAUGUUGAUGAGUCAAAAGUAAAAAAAUGUAGAAAAGGAAAAAACAAAGAAGAAGAAGAGGUUAAAGAAAAAAAACUACCAAAAUAUCAACAAUUUAUAAGAGAUAAUUAUGAAAAAUAG